GCUACGGCCCCUUCGGCGCCCCGCCGCCCCCCAGCCAGGCGCCGUCGGGCCAGGCCAGGAUGUUCCCCAGUGGCCCCUACCUGCCCAACUGCCUGGAGAGCCAGCAGGCCAUCCGCAACCAGGGUUACAGCACGGUGGCGUUUGACGGGCCCCCGAGCUACGGCCACGCUCCCUCGCACCACGCCGCGCAGUUCUCCAACCACUCCUUCAAGCACGAGGACCCCAUUGCUCAGCAGCCUCCCCUAGGAGACCAGCAGUACUCCGUGCCCCCGCCGGUGUACGGCUGCCACACGCCCACGGACAGCUGCACGGGCAGCCAGGCCCUGCUCCUGCGGACCCCCUACAACAGUGACAAUUUAUACCAAAUGACCUCGCAGCUUGAAUGCAUGACAUGGAAUCAAAUGAACUUGGGAUCCACAUUAAAGGGCCAUGCAACAGGAUAUGAAAAUGAGAACCACACUGCUCCUAUGUUAUAUAGCUGUGGGGCCCAAUACAGAAUACACACCCAUGGAGUUUUUAGAGGAAUACAAGAUGUCCGGCGAGUGCCAGGAGUACCUCCAACUAUUGUCCGAUCAGCAAGUGAGACAAAUGAAAAACGUCCCUUCAUGUGUGCAUACCCUGGCUGUAAUAAGCGAUACUUUAAGUUAUCUCAUUUACAGAUGCACAGCAGAAAGCACACUGGUGAAAAACCAUACCAGUGUGACUUUAAGGACUGUGAGAGAAGAUUUUCCCGUUCAGACCAACUCAAACGACACCAAAGACGACACACAGGUGUGAAACCCUUCCAGUGUAAAACCUGUCAGAGAAAGUUCUCUAGGUCUGAUCAUCUGAAGACUCACACCAGGACUCAUACAGGUAAAACAAGUGAAAAACCAUUCAGCUGUCGAUGGCCCAGCUGUCAAAAAAAAUUUGCCAGAUCUGAUGAAUUAGUUCGUCAUCACAACAUGCACCAGAGGAACAUGACUAAACUGCAGUUGGCCCUUUAGACAGUUCAAACAAAUGAAUAAAUAAAUGGGACUUUACGAACUACUGCAGAGUUUUCAAUCAUCCUUGAUCACAUCUCUAGGAAAGCUACAGCUAUCUUCAUUACACAUUUGAGACAAGUUAGCUAAACCGUAGGAUUCUGUUCAGUUUUCUGACCUAUGGAUUUUUAAAAACGUCCUAUUCAAUAAUGUUAAGUGGUUUUAAUUUGUAACUUUGUUAUGGAAUUACCAAAACUGUUACAGUUUAAAUAUUAAUAUAAACUAUUGUUACUUUUGUAUUUUUUUCCCUCCAAAAAGUUCUGUUUUUAUUUUUACUUGAACAUUUCAGGUGCAAAGUACUGUGCCUUUUUUCAGUAAUACUGUGUGUUGGGUAUGUCAAAGACAAGCUUUGUGCUUGCUGCAUUCGUACAUACGCUGAGGUUUCUAAAUAUUAAUACAACUAUGUACAACCCCCCAAAAACAAACAAAUAAAAAACCAAACAAGAAGAAAAAGAAGAAGACACAAAUGAGGAAAAAUACCUGAGACAUUUUAAAUAAACUUUAUACUUGUGCUGUCUAAAGGCAGGCUUUUAAGAGGUAAACUCUACUUUGACUUUCACAAUCAACUU